CCAAGCUAGAGCGCUCUGACGGCAAGUGUAAGUGGAGUGGGAGAAAGGAAGACAGAGGCUGGUCGGCUGCAGUAUGCAAGGAAUUCGCCCCCCGAUCCUCAAUGGGCCGAUGCACCCACGUCCACUGGUGGCCCUGCUCGAUGGCCGUGACUGCACCGUGGAGAUGCCCGUGCUGAAGGACGUGGCAACCGUAGCCUUCUGUGAUGCCCAGUCCACCCAGGAGAUCCAUGAGAAGGUAUUAAACGAGGCAGUAGGCGCUCUGAUGUACCAUACCAUAACACUAUCUCGUGAUGACCUCGACAAGUUCAAGAGCUUACGCAUCAUUGUGAGGAUUGGAAGUGGUUUUGACAAUGUGGAUAUCAAAGCUGCAGCAGAACUUGGCAUUGCGGUGUGUAACGUGCCGUCGUCAUCGGUGGAGGAGACGGCGGACACGGCUCUGUGCCUCAUCCUGAACCUGUACCGGAGGGUCACCUGGAUGCACCAGGUGUUGCGAGAGGGCACAAGGGCCUCUAGCGUGGAGCAGAUCAGGGAGGUGGCCGGGGGAGCAGCCCGGAUACGGGGAGAGACGUUGGGCAUCAUCGGCCUGGGGCGGGUUGGUCAAGCGGUGGCUCUGCGUGCAAAGGCCUUCGGGUUCAACGUGAUAUUCUACGACCCCUACCUGCCCGACGGAGUGGAGCGCUCCCUGGGCCUGCAGCGCAUGACCACCCUGCAGGACCUCCUCAUCCACUCCGACUGCGUAUCUUUACACUGCAGUCUCAACGAACACAACCACCACCUCAUCAACGACUUCACCAUCAAACAGAUGCGGCAGGGGGCAUUCCUGGUGAACACGGCCCGAGGGGGGCUGGUGGACGAGAAGGCCCUGGCACAGGCCCUGAAGGAGGGACGGAUACGAGGCGCUGCCCUGGACGUGCACGAGUCAGAGCCCUUCAGUUUCUCCCAAGGGCCUCUGAAGGAUGCCCCAAAUCUUAUCUGCACCCCCCACACUUCCUGGUAUAGCGAGCAGGCCUCGGUGGAGGCCCGGGAAGAGGCAGCUAAAGAAGUCCGACGUGCCAUUACAGGACGCAUUCCUGAUAGCCUGAAGAAUUGUGUGAAUAAGGAAUAUCUCAAGACUGCCCCCCAGUGGCCGACCAUGGACCCCAGCACAGUGCACCCUGAGCUGAACGGAGCGGGCGCAUAUAGGUUCUCCUCAAACCUGGUGGGGGUGACUGCAGGCGGCCUGAUUGGCGCCGGAGCCGCGAUGGAGGGUAUCGUUGCCGGAGCACUGCCCAUGGCCCACGGGGUGGCUCCCGUCUCCCGUCCGCCCCAUACCCCGUCCCCCAGCCAGCCCUCCAAGGCUGAAACAGACAGAGAUAUACCUGCCGAUCAGUAGCAGCAGUAAAUCCAGUACAGCCUCCCCGAUUGCCUGUUUGCAUCGCCCACAAUUUGGCGUUGCCUUGUGUCAAACAACAAAAAAAGGAAAUUAAAAAAAGAAGAAAAAAACAAACAAAACAUCACAACGACAACAACAGCAACAACUCAAAAGACAAUACAAUCUUUUUCUUCCCCCCUCUUUUUGUUUUCUUUUACAAAUGUGCCGCCAAGAAAUCUCAGAACACAGCCAAGAGAAAUAGCUGAAGUUUUGAAAGGAGGGAUGAUUUUGGAGAAAAAUGACUGUUUUUAUUCGUCAAAUUCAACAUAGUGACACAGUGAAGAGAACGCCUUGUCAUACUGAACUGGGAAAAUGACCUUGUCAUGACCUUAUCUUUGUCAUUUCUUUUUUUCUUUCUUUUUUAUUAUUAUUCUGUUGCCUUUGUUUUAUAUUUGGAUUCCUGUGACUUGUUUGUUGGUGUUUCCCCCCUUGGCAUUCAAGUAGACACGAAACAUAGUUUAAACAUCUAGUCAGAUAAUACAGCUUUAGCAUAAGAAGAACAUGUUUUUCUACACAGCAAAAUGUUAGUUCAGUUGCUGACAUUUAGUUCUGGUCUCUCACAUAGGUAGCGCCCUGUCAUACAUGUUUAGGAGUGAGGACUUUCACUAGAAACAUGCUUUGCCCGUGUUACUUUUACCCCUGUAAUUUAAAUCGCACAAUGACGUUACUUUGAACAAGGUAAAAAGCAGAGAACCAAGCCAAGGUGUUUUGUAAAUAACUGCCCCCAUCCUUAUGUUUAAAUGAUGAUAUUUCACUAGACAUUUACGCCUAUUGUAGCCUUUUUAUGGUGAGUAUGCAGAGAUAGCUAUUGCAGUUAAUUAGGUCAAUUUAUGGUUCCUGUGCAAGUGACUUCAGAAGGCAAGCUACGAAAUAGCAAAGUAAUUAUGUAGUUCCCCUUUGAGUGGCCGUAGUUCUUAAUAAAUAAUAAUUAAAAUAAAAAGAAACACAAAAAUUGUCAGUGUGAACAUAGGGUGUAUUAAUAUAACCUGACAAAAAAUGAUAUGAAACCCAUGUUGUGCUCUGCUCUGUGUCUGUAGCUUGUCUCAAUAUUCAGAUGUAAGCAAUACAACUUUAAAAAAAAAGACCCAUUACAAUUACCUUUUAGUAAAUUGCAUACAAUUUAAUAAGGAGUUUAAUCGUUUCAUAGUUUUACAGGUCAGUUUGCAAACAGUCAUAUGUAAUCUAAAAUGUUUGUUUUCCAUCAUAUUUCCACUGGUUACUGGUCAACAUUUCUCUGAUAGAAUUUGAAAAUAUAUCCAAAACAUGAAUGCAUUUUGUUUACGUGCAAUCAGUGAAUACUGUAUUGUUUUUUUGUAGUUGUGUAUUUAAAAUAAUAAUUAUAGUUGAUUCA